CGGUUAAUUUCCUCUUCGUUGGCCAAUAUGUCUGUUUAUAACACCUGUUUCUUAUCUACUUUAUACAACUGGAGGAAAGUUAUAUUGUACUCACAGAUGACAAAUUUGUUUGGAACUAGACGUCAGUUUGUGGUCCAAGAUCUAUGCACUACUUACUAGUCACAGGAUCCUGUUAGAAAUCUACGAAUCUCUAGUGUUAGAUAAACAAUGUCCAUUUUUGACCAAUUUCGAGAUAUUGAACCUGAUCGCAUCCGCAAUAGCAUAGUAUCAAUUAUUGCAGGAUUUUUAUUUGCAUUAGGCUGGUGGAUAGCAAUUGACGCAGCUGUACUUUUCGCUGAAAACAAUUCUUUACCUAAUGCAUAUCAUACAGCUGGAGUAUUCAGCACCAUUGCUUUCAUAUUAAUUAACAGUGUUCCUAACGGAGUGUUGAGAGAUGAAUUUUCAGACAGUCGUAUCGGUCGUCGUGGAGCACUUAUAUGCCUAUUUUUUGCUUUCUCAAUGGCAUUUAGUAGUACAAUAGCUGCAUGUUGGAUACUAUUUGGAGGUUAUAUCGCUGUAGAUAAAACACCAGUAUGGCCAGGUGUAGCUAUACUAUUACAAAAUCUACUAAUUUGUAUAUCAUCAAUUUUAUUCAAAUUUGGCAGAAAAGAUCUUAGUGAUUUCUAA